AUGAACCUCACCUCUCGGGGCAUCAAAGGCAGAGUUGAUAAACAUAAAAAUAUCAGAGUUGCUGUAGUGAAUUACGACAAACACAAAGUCUGUCUUUCUCCCCCUACAGGCUGCUUCGAGUGUUGCAUCAAGUGUCUGGGCGGUGUCCCUUACGCCUCUUUGGUGGCCACCAUCUUGUGCUUUUCGGGUGUUGCUCUGUUCUGCGGCUGUGGGCAUGUGGCACUUACGGGCACUGUGACCAUGGUGGAAAACCACUUUUCUCGCGUCACCUCUGACCAUGCUGCUCUCACUGAUGUGGUUCAGGUUUUGCAGUACAUCAUCUAUGGAAUCGCCUGUUUCUUCUUCUUGUAUGGCAUCAUCCUAUUGGCUGAAGGCUUUUAUACCACCAGUGCUGUCAAAGAGAUGCACAGCGAGUUCAAGACCACUGUGUGUGGACGCUGCAUCAGUGCCAUGUUUGUGUUCCUCACCUACAUUCUGGGCUUGGGAUGGCUGGGCAUCUUUGGCUUCUCUGCGGUGCCCGUUUUCCUGUUUUAUAACAUGUGGACCACAUGUGGAGCCAUGAAGUCCCCUAUUGCCAAUCUCACCUCUGUGGACAACAUCUGUGUCGAUGUGCGGCAGUAUGGAAUCAUCCCAUGGAACGCUACUCCUGGUAAAGCCUGUGGCUCCACGCUAAGCGACAUCUGCAAUACUAGUGAGUUCUAUCUGUCCUACCAUCUUUAUAUUGUUGCCUGUGCUGGAGCUGGAGCCACUGUGAUCGCACUGAUCCACUACCUGAUGAUCCUGGCAGCAAACUGGGCCUAUCUCAAGGGACUGUGUCAGCAGACUCAUGCCUACCAGGACAUCAAAACCAGAGAUGAUCAAGAGCUGCAGGAUGUGCAGUCACGCUCCAAGGAGGGUCUAAACUCCUCCUACUCAUAAACAGUUCUCCCAACUCUUAUCUACCCAACCUCUAUCUAACCUGCUCUUGAAUACACACACACACACACACUUGCCACCCUCAGAUGAAACACUAUACGCAAACUAACACUGCUAAGCGCUGCGCUAUCCUGACUAUACAUCAUAACAGUGGGAUAAGUUAGUUAUAAUCAUGAUGAAACAUGUCAGGCAAGAUAUUGAACAUCUGUAACAAAUGAUGAGUGGAAUUAUGCAGUUAAUGGUGAUAUGAUGUGUUUUGCUCAUCUCCUUCAUGGUGCAAAAGACCACUGGUAUAAAAGUGUAUGUAUUCUAGUAUCGUACUGUCAUUUUGCAAGUAUUUCUGAAUUGCUAGAAAGUGUACGUACAGUGUAGAGUCAUGGUUAUAACUGGGUUAUGUUUGGUUUUAUGAUGCAUUGUCUUGGUGAAGCGCUGCUUACAUGAUAGCCUGUCUGUCUGCACUAACUCCUCACAGACAUUUUGCAGGAACUUCCUUUUUUUUGGUGUUUUAUACAUUUAUAAAUA